AUGGACAAAGAUUGCGACAUGGUAUAUAAGAACAUCUCUGACCUUUACAAAUCCGAAGAAUUUAAGACCUACGACAACUUUGUUUCAUUAGUUGCAAAAUGUGUUUGGGAAAUAAGAGAUAAAGAUAGUAGGGGUAAGGUAUGGAACGAACAAAUAAGACCCGCUAUGUUCGAGAUGAAGAAAACCAUUGACGCCUUAGUUGUUUUAGCAGGUAAGGUUUCAGAAUAUAACGCAAAAAUGAAUCCGCAAUGUUCAAAAUGUAAAGCAGCAAUGAGGAAAUAUAACUACUCCGUCAAAGAGAUAGAACGUAUGCGAAACGACUAUGCAGAUUUAAAGAAAGAAGCAGAAAAACCAGCAGAAGAUAAAAUGAACAUGUUAGAAUUUCUGAACAAAAACUAUCCAACUGCUGACGAUUUCCUAUUAUCUGACGUCAAGAAGAAGUAUAAAGAAACCUUCGGCAUAGUUAAAACAUUCGAUGUACUAAAAGAAGAAAUUGAAGCUACGAAACUGUUUAGAGUCAUGAACCAUCGCAACAUAUACCAUGUAAAACGCUUGUAA